GUUUACGGCAUGUCGCAAACGCGUUGAAAAUGUGCGGCACACUAGCUAAGAUGCUAUGUAAACAACAUAAAUCAUCGAAUCCAGCCUCUCGGCGCGUUGGAUUGUCAGUUUUUGUGUAUUAAGAGAGAAAAGAUGGCUGACAAAGAGGAGGAGCCAUCUCUCCAGGUCGUUGGUGUGAGUCACUGUGACUCCGCCCCCCUGCUGUGGAGGAUGAAGGACCUGCGGACGGUCAGGUCCCUUGGCCUGGUGGGGGCGCUGCUGGGGUCUCUGCCGCGGACCCCCCGACAGAACGUCCGCCUGGGCCGGCCAUUGUUGCUACUGCCAGAGGAAGAGCGCCUACUAGCAGAGCGAGGCGUGUCCGCCAUCUCGCCACCGGGACCGCUGGACGCUGAAGGGGCGGAGCUUCGUCAGCAGGUGGCACAGUUCGAGGAGAACCUGCGGUGGAGUUUUGACGAGCAGCACAUACUCGCUCUGCGCGACAGGAAGUCAGCGCUGGUCAGAGCCAUGAGCUCAUCGCGUGCAGAGUCUGGAUCGGGCGGCGAUGAUGAGGACCUGCGUGGACGCCUGGAGGCGUUGGAAGGCAGCUUCAGCUUCCCUCGCUCUGCGUUGGCGGUCCAGCUCAGCACAGCAAGGGCGGGAUUGGCCUACUGCCCCGAGGACCGCACCCUCCUCCUGGCAGGCGUGCCCACUGGCCAAGACCCACAAUGCAACACACGAUACCAGGUGUUUAGAGACCUGAGGGGGCGGGGCUUCUACCUUACUUCAGCCGGCAAGUUUGGCGGUGAUUUUCUCGUCUAUCCCGGUGAGCGAUCCCCUUCGUUUCCACGCUCACUUCAUCGCCGUGUGUCUGUCCGAGGACGAGAGCGUGGCGGUGCUGGACGUCCUCGCCGUGGCUCGGCUGGGCUCUAACGUCAAGAAGACUGUCCUCUUGUGCUCGCCGCAGAGUGGCGGAGGCGUGACCUACUCGUCCCUGCAGUGGAGCGGGAUGGUUUAAACCACGCCUUCCACUUCCUUCAAGUGAGAGCUUCAGUUUUUUUUUUACAAACGUAAUUAAAAUGUCUUGUUUAUACUCAGAACCUCUUUUUACGAACUCCAACAUGGUUUGUAAGUAGAAAAAGGUGUAAAGAUAAGCAAACUCCUCCAUAAGAAAUAAUGUAAACAUGAAUAAUUGGUUCCAACCUCGACAAAAGUCCAUGUUUUAGAGAAGGUUUUUACACUUUGAACAUGAUAUGAAGUGCUAUACAGUACUGUAUAUCAAACUAACAUAACAAGGAGGUGCUGGAUUUCUUAUUAACAAGCUAAAACAACAAUGACAAGCCAAACUGUGACAACACGCGCACAUACAGAAGUCCCUUUGGUGGUCGAAAAGUUUUUACAUUAAAUCAAAUUUCUCCACAAGAAACAAUGUUAAAAAAAUUAUAAUUGGUUCUGGCUUUGGUAAAAAUCUAUAUUUUAGUCAAAGUAUGGACACUUUAAACACAACAUGGAGUGCUAUACAGUACAAACAUAACAAGGUGGUGAUGAAUAACUAUAUUUACAAGCUAAAACAACGAUGACAAGCUGAUGACACAAGUCUCUUUGGUGCCUUCACAAACGAUCACAAGUCACACAAUAAAAAGGGUUAAACUGGAUUGUAUAUCAAACAAACAUAACCAGGUGGUGAUGAAUAACUAUAUUUACAAACAAUGACAAGCUGAUGACACACAGAAGUCUCUUUGGUGCACUCACAAACGAUCACAAAUCACAUGAUAAAAAUGACAACACUGGGCUGUAUAUCAAAUAAAUAUAACAAGGUGGUGAUGAAUAACUAUAUUUACAAGCUAUAUAUACCGGACUGUAUAUGAAACAAACAUAACAAGGUGGUGAUGAAUUAACUAUAUUUUCAAGCUAAAACGACGACGACAAGCUGAUGACACACAAGUCUCUUUGGUGCCCUCACAAACGAUCACAAAUCACAUAAUAAAAAGGACUACACUGGACUGCAUAUGAAACAAACAUAACAAGGUGGUGAUGAAUUAACUGUAUUUACAAGCUAAAACAACAACGAUGACAAGCUGAUGACACACAAGUCUUUUUGGUGCCCUCACAAAUCAUGCAAUAAAAAGGACUACACUGGACCGUAUAUCAAACAAAAAUAACAAGAAUGGACCAACUUUCUAUAUAAUAAGGUGAAAACUAGCUGAACUGUCCUCAUUUCUAGCCGCCUUGCCGACACACACACAUACAGUUCGGACCUCGGUUUAUGAACUUGAUUGGUUCUUGAACAGGGUUUGUAAGUAGAAAAAUGUGUAUAGUUAAGCAAACUCCUCCAUAAGAAAUAAUUUAAACAUGAAUAAUUGGUUCCAACCUUGACAAAAGUCCCAUGUUUUAGAGAAGGUUUUUACACUUUGAGCAUGAUAUGAAGUGCUAUACAGUACUGUAUAUCAAACUAACAUAACAAGGAGGUGCUGGAUUUCUUAUUAACAAGCAAAAACAACAACGACAAGCCGAACUGUGACGACACACGCACACACAGAAGUCCCUUUGGUGCCCUCACAAAAUAUCAGAAAUCACAAAAAUCUUCAACUUUAACAACCAUAUUGCUACAAUAAUAAACAUUUCAGAAAGUAAAAUUUACUCACGGUACAUUAACAUCGGCAAAGGAGCAGA